UCAUAAAUGAGGUCAAACCUUCAGUUCAGCAGGAGGCCCAGGCUCAACCUCCAUCCCAAGAGGUCCAGGCUUCAUUUCCAGGCCUCUCUGAGAACAUGGAAUUAUCUGGCUGGCAGAUUGUAUCAUCAACCAUUUCUGAAACACAGAAGUUCCAGAGUGAGAUGGUAGCUCUACAUUUGGGUCAGACUCUAACUCAGCUUUCGCCAGACAAGGAACCUGCUGAGAAAAUGGAAAUUUCUUCACCUGUGCAGGAGACCCUCACUCAGCUUUCAGAGUUACCAACAGAUAUCGUUUUGGCUCAGGCUUCAGAGCAUUUGGAAGGACCACUUUCAGCAUCAACUCGGCAUCCAUCAUCAGUCCGGGUCACGACUCUCACGGCAGAACCAAGUAGGGAGAGCAAAGCUUCUACGACCCUGAAGAAGACUAGCGCUCCCACAGAGCACACUGUGACAAAACCAACAGGGAAUGUGCGGACUCAUUCAAUCGCCACUAAGAUUUCAGCUCUACCCAGUCUGGGGGUUUUGAAGACAGUACCUUCUCCAACCACACAGAAGACCACAGGUCAGACUUCUCAUCAAAAUCAACCUUCUACACACCAAUAUAUAACUGUAACUCCGGAACGCACUGUGAAGACUAAACCCUCGACAACCCUGACAAGUACCAGUGCUACAGAACACUCAGAUGUGACACCUAUCACACCAUCUCUGAGUCCUCAUUCAAACCUGAGUGAAGUCACGUAUCCACCUAUAAACAAGGACGUUCCUGUCACUGAAGACAGUUCAGUUACAGCUCCAACCAUGCAAGAGACUGGAGUUCCGUCUUCAAAGGCCCCAAAGAAAGCUGAGGUAACAGUUUCAACAAGUACCACUCUGACAACCCCCACAGAGGGAUUGCUGUCAGAACAGGGUCAGCAUCAACACACAGAUCUGAGUGAACAGACAUCUGUAACUUUGGACGAAACGCCACAACCAGAAACAUCAAGGACAGCUUCCCUGACUCACUCUUCAGCCCUAUCUUCUGGACGAUCUACUUCCGAAAAGGCACAUGUAGAUUUCCCUGAGCAACUGCAACAGAAUGAACACAUGACCUUCAACAUAUGUGAGCUCUGUACCUGCACAGAGGAUACCCUCUCCUGCACCGGUCUCAGUCCAGAGAAGAGGCUCCGUAGAGUGCCUGUGCCAGGGCCCAACAUCAACAGGACCUUCACUAUACUAAAUUUCCAAGGAAACUCUAUUUCUUCCAUUGAUGGAAAUACAUGGAAGGCAUACCCUUGGGUUGAGAAACUAAUCCUCAGUGACAAUUCUUUGACUGAAUUACAUAAGGAUUCAUUUGAAGGCCUGCUAUCCCUCAAGUACUUAGAUUUAUCUUGCAAUAAGAUACAGUUCAUUGAAAGGUGUACAUUUGAAGCACUACCAUUUUUGCAGCAUGUGAAUCUUGGUUGCAAUUUAAUCACUGAACUGAGCUUUGGAACGUUUCAGUCCUGGCAUGGAAUGCAGUUUUUACACAAGAUAAUUCUCAGUCAUAAUCCUCUAACAACUAUUGAAGAUUCGUAUCUUUUUAAAUUGCCAGCAUUAAAAUAUCUAGACAUGGGAGCAACAUCAGUGUUGCUUGGACCAGUCCAAAACAUCCUCAUGAUGACUCUUGAAUUAGAAAAACUGAUAUUACCUAGGCAUCUCACCUGCUGCCUCUGUCAAUUUAAAGUUAUUAUUGAAAUCAUGUGCAAGACAGUCAAACUACAUUGUACCACUCAAUGUUCUACCAGUACCACACACUGUGAUGAGGAAGAGUCCAUAAGCAACACCAAAGGGGACUUCAUGAAGGUUUUACAGGCCCGAAAGAGGACAACCAGCACCGAGCUAACCAUUGAAUCGGAGAACACCUCGCCAGAGAGGAACAGCAUGUCCCUUUUAGUGAACGAGCAGCUAGACGUGAAUGAUGAGAGUGAUAUCAGUACUGGGCUAAAUUACAUAGUGCCUUUUCUCCUGGAUGGGAACAUAGGAGAUUUUGAAUCAACAUUGUUAUCCUUCGUUAAGCUCCUUUUUUCAGAUAUGCAAGAUGGAGCAAAUCCUCUGGAACAUUUGAAGAAUAGCACAAUUCCGAUGUCUCUACAGCUCGAAUCCAACAAUACAACAUACAAUAAGUCGAAAAGUCUCCAUUUUCUGGAAAGCUUGAUAAAUGCAGGAACUCAAGCAAAAGUUCACAAAGCUAGAAAGAGAGAGAAAACUGCCACGCUGGUCAGUUCCAUACUUUUUGUGCCCAAACUGAAACAUCACAUCUUUCCGAAGAAAUUGAAAACUGUCUGGCCAAAGAGAAAGCACUUAGGAAAGGUGGAGGAGGGGGAGAGGCAAGCACUGCAGAUGAGCAGCACGUUCAAGAACCCCGGGGGCCUCCAGAAGAGGCGCUUCAAAGAAGGGGGCAAUCAGCACAGCCUAAGGAAAGGGGAGGCUCUGCCCACGACGGGGAACAUUGCCCAAAAAAGAAGGCUCAGGCAGCCGGCCCCAAGAGAACCGAAAGAGCUUCCCUUGGCAGGGAGGCCCACGAAAUGGGUGGAAAACUCCUUCAAUGAAGAGGCCUCCUCCAUCCAGGAGCACAAGGCGGUGUUCUCCAUGCCCCUGAAAGAGUUCAACAUGGGCAGCCCAUCUGCCGCCACUCCUAAAGUCCCAUCCGAGAACCCCAAAGACCUAAGGGACAUUCUCCGCGUUUUAGAAGACGCAGAUGCCAGGGUUCGGAACAUGAAGUUUCCCAGGCCCAUCCCACACAAUGGAACAAAUUAUAAUUUUCAGAAAUCUUACUCUCACCUGGGACGCAGAAGGGCCAAAGCCAGAUCGAAUACAGAGACGAAGGAAUCAGCACCGGAGAGGCCGGUGCGAGACACCAAGCGGCCUCCUUUCGCUGCGGUGAAGAGCCUCAUCAAGUCCCCACCAAGAGAGGAGUCUCUGUCUUGGAGAGAUCAGGACAAACCUUUGCUCCAGUCCUUUCAACCUUCACACUCAUCUGCAGGAAAAAGGACUGCAGAAAGCACGCAUGCUGCUAAUGGGACAAACACCAGAGGCAUCACGGUGCCAGAGAAAACUGUCGGUAGCAAAGGCACCUCCCAUGAGAAGGACGCCCCGAUGGUGGACAACCUCAUGCCGACUGUCAAGCAGUCCAGCGAGAUGCAGUGGGAAUAUCACAACGUGGCCACAGACAUCGUCUCUGCCACACAAAGACCAGACCCAAGAGAACAACUGGAGAUGGAAUACAUCCAGCAGCUGCGGUCCCUUAUCCCCAACAAUAACGUGAGGAAGCUCAUUGCUCACAUGAUGCGGACUCUAAAAACGGACUGCUCUGAGCCUCAGUUGAAGCUGGCAUGUGCCACGCUCCUCUCUGAAACCGGCCUCCUGAUGAAGCGUCUCAGUGAGCAGGAGGAAGGAAAGGUUCCCAAGCCAGAAUGGGAUACGGACCAGUGGAAGACUGAGAACUUCAUCAGUGACAAUACCGAAGGCCAGGAUGAACAGAAACAGCCAGAGGAAAGUGAGCUCACAAAAGAAGUUCCAGGAUAUGGCUAUAAUAACAAAUUAUUCUUGGCAAUAUCUGUGACUGUACUCGUGAUGAUAUUGAUUAUAAUUUUCUGUCUCAUUGAGAUUUAUUCUCAUAGACCAGAGGAGUGUAAAGAUGGAAGAUCCAGGAUCUUCUUUGGAUUAUUGCUUCGUAGGAGAAGUUCAGUGGAACAUGAGCCUCAGGAGGACUUUUUCUGGCGAAGGCGGCCCCUGUGGUUGAGGGACAUGUAUCAGCCACUCAAUGCCAUACGUCAGAAAAACAUGGCACGGAAGCUACACGACAAGGAUUCCUCUGACGAGGACGAGACUUUCAACAGAAACCAAGGGGAGCUCAGAGUAGUGAAAACAGAACUGACUCCUGAGGAGAAAGCAGCCAAGGAGACCAAAGCAGCCAUGAAGUCCCAGGGAGCACGGAAGACUCAGGCACCUCAGCGCCCCCCACCACCACUUGUCCCCCUGGCACGACAGACCAACAAAUCUCUACAUGACACCCUGACACCACAGACUCCCCCCCAGUCACGACAGUCCAUCAGGUCUUCACAGCCCCUCUCAGCUCGACAGUCCAUCAAGGCUCCACAGGUCCCCCAUGCACGAGAGUCCUUCAGAUCCCAGGAGAUCCUGUCAUCACUGGAGAUCUCAACUCAGAUUGAUGAGGAGCAAUAG